AGAAAUUCCUCAUCAUUUCACGGUGCUGCUGCUGUAGCUGGAUUACUUCACGUCCACAGCCCAGGACAAGAGACAGGCGGUGGGGGGGAGCCGGGAGAGAUGGAGGCUUGUGCCGAGGGGAGCCCCAGCACCUUCUCAUUCAACAGCAUGACUUCCGGAGUUCAGAGGAGAGCUGCACGCCACCUUCUGUGAAGGGGGGGGCUGUCUUCCUCCUAGUUGAGUUGAGCGGAAAGGCUCUCAGCACACCCCAGUAAGAGCAAAAAUGAGGACCUCUGGCCUCCUAAACCAACCUGGACUCAUUUUGUUAUUGGUCACUUGGCCCUUGCUGUCAAUGCUGCAAGGUGCGACCAGUAAAGCCGAGAGUGGCCACCUCGGGGACACUGACCCAGACAGGUGCCUGAGGCACCACUUUGUGGAGACCAUCACCCACCCCAUCUACAAAUGCAACUCCAAGAUGGUCCUGCUGGCUCGCUGUGAGGGCCACUGUGGCCACACGUCCCGCUCAGACCCCCUGGUCUCCUUCAGCUCCGUCCUGAAGCAGCCCUUCAAGAGCACCUGCUUCUGCUGCCGGCCGCACACCUCCAAACUGAAGGCCGUGCGGCUCCGCUGCUCCGGCGGAACCCGCAUCACCGCCACCUACCGCUACAUCCUGGCGUGCAGCUGCGAGGAGUGCAGCUGAGGGAGGGGGGCGUGUGGCUCCGUCCCGCAGCACUGACCUUGGAUCAGUUUCGGUUUUGGUUGGGUGUUAACGUUUAAGACCCCGUCCGUGGCAGGAAGAGGCGAAACUGGAUCAGGAGCCCUGAAGAACCAUUUCCUGUCACUCAAGCUCUCAUGUCAUACAACAAAGCCAUCUCUUCCGUAAUCCUGGUUAAUAAAAGGACACAAACUCCUCUAAAACAUGUGUGGAUUUAUGGAGGACGUAACCUCUCUACCAGCCUCUUAAUAUUUAAUAUCUAUGUCCACUUUCUUUUAUUUGUAUCGGUAAAACAUUAUAAAUGUCAGCUACAGUGUUGCAAAGUAAAAACUUUGAGAGCAUGUCAUGCCCAACCAUUGUCCAAGGUAUUUCUCCAGUCGAAGAUGGGGCCAACAGGGUGCCUUUGUGCCUGAGACUCCGAGGAGCAGCACCAUGAGGCUGUGCAGGAAGGACCUGGACUCCAAGUGCAUCAUGGGUAAAGUAAACCAUCUGCAGAGCCAGGUAUGGCUUAGGUGGGACAAGCUGGAGCUCCAGGCAGAACACGUGGAUGGUGUAAUACCUUGAAAGCAUAUUUCAUCAAUUACAGCUAUUA